AUGAAUCGUAUUGUUUUAACAUUAUGUCUGUUUUCGCGAGUGAUUUAUAGUUCUAACUCUGAAGAUCAUGUGGACUUUCAUACAGCAACAAGACAGCCUAGAUCGCCAGCAGUGCCUUCAGAAGAUGGAUAUGUGUUUAAUCAAUUUAGUGAUAGUUCGGGAAUGUAUGCUAUGUUUGCUAGUGAAAACACAAAACACAACCCAUAUACCGGUUUGGAUCUUUUCGAAUUUAAAUCUUCCGACAAAUUAGGACUUGACACGCCACAUUAUUCCGAUAUUUCGAGUUUACCUGACAUUGUACAUGACAGUAUACCAACACACACUGUAAGUCCAUUAACUUACGAUACAAAUUAUGAAAUAUCAAAAGCUAAGUCGGAUGCCAAGUAUGCCGAAUUGGCUAACAAAUAUACGCCGCUAGACUUUAAAUCGGAUGGAAUGAUGCAAAAUUUAAAAUCAAUGAUGCAUUACGCCCCACCCGAGCACGAUACGAAAGACUCAUUCUCCUCAUACGAGAUCCACACGGAUUAUCACAAUGAUGACGAUGACGUAAGAUCGAGCGGCAGAACUAUGUACGAUAAUUACUGGCCUCACAUUUACCACAGCCCUUACGAAUAUGAGUAUAAAAAGGGGAUAUCUGAUUUGGAAAAAGCUAAAGAUAAGCGUUAUGUUGACGAAUCAUUAAUAGUAAAGCCCGUAUAUGAACAUAUUGACAACGAUAUUCCAAGUAUUGACACAGAACAACUUCAUAUUGAAACCUCCACUGAUAAUCCUAUAGGUGGUAACGGACCAUUCUUCUCGUUUGUAUUGAAUGAUUAUUUUGACAGGAAUAAAGAUGAAGAUCCAAUUUCUUUUAAAGGAAUAGAUGUAGACUGGGGAAAAGAGUUUGACCACGAAAGCUAUAGACCAUCAGUAGAAGACGUUUUGAACUCACAAAGAGAACGUCGAUUACAGAACAAUUAUGUUACACCAUUGACCCAAUGGUUAACUACGGCACGACCGCUAUACAUGCAUGCCAGGCCAAUUGACUCUGAAAACACAGGUAAAGGAGGAGAUACAAGGUCCCCGAACACGAUGAUACCUUUUACAAAGUUCCAUUUGCCUAUACAUGGCCCGUUAGAUGAGAGUUCUCCAAGUAUCCCACACUCUAAUAACUAUUUAACCUCAGUACAAGGUUUACAGAAAGACGAAGGUAUGAAUAAAAAUCAUGAUUCUGAAAAACGCAACAUUGGUAAAAAUAGCUAUUCAAAUGAUAAAACAGGUUAUAAUGCCAAUGAGCAUAAAUACGAAGGAUUCAAAGAUUUUCUAGACAGUUUUGCCAAUAAAUUUGGUUCAGAGGAUCACAAGAAAGAUGCUAGUUAUGAGAAGGAGAAUAAUGAAAAUAAGGGUCAAAAGAAAAAAGGCUUUCAUAGAAUAUAUCAUAAGGAUGAGUUUCAAGAGGAUAAUGAGUUUUAUGAUGAUUCUAAUAAUGCGUCGAAGGCGAAAGAGAAGGGGAAGUCUAAAGUGCAUAUUGGAGGGUCUGAGGCAUUUUUACGUUCUCAAGCGUUAGGAAGCGCUCAAAAUGCAGAAAACUCCAUAAGAAAAUCUGGAAAUAUGGGAGAUGGAAAGUUUGAAAAUGAUUAUAAAGUUCAUGAUGGGUCCAAUACCAAAGGAAAUAAGUUUGUCAAGUUCAUAGACGUGGCUAAACAAGCCGCUAAAAGUAACAAUGCUGAUUACUUAGACACAUAUCGAGCAUGA